CAAAUAAAUCUAAUGAUAGCUUUUUGUCCCUUACAGCUAGAACACGGAAACAAAAUGACGUCCCCCAGUGCCAUUGUAAACAGGCUCAGUUUGGGCCAGACCCUUCUAAUCGAAACAAAUCGAGAACUCCUAAUGGGAACUCUAUCGUACAUAAAUGAAAAACAUUUAAUGUUGGAACUGGACAAUGCUCGAGACGUCAAAACAAAUUUCACAUACCAAUCGCCACAGAUGUUGGCCUAUCAACAAAUGAAAAGCAUUAAAAUCGUUGCUGAUGAGACUGCAGAAGAUUCAAGUGAUAUGACAACGGAAUCAGAUGAAAUCAAGCAAAAUGUGUAUAAAGAAGAAGAAAUUAAAUUACCCAACAACAAGGCAACAUCAAAGGAACAAAGAGAUCACUCGGUUAGUAGCAAAGAACCAUGCGAAGGAUUUAGCAUACAACUCUCAGCCAUGGAUUUUCAAUUACUACAAACCCAAUAUGACUCUUUGGUGUAUAUAACACAAACUGAUCAAAAAUAUCAUAAGGCUGUGGCAGAUAUAAGAUCUCAAACAAUGAUUGGCUUGCUCAUUGACCCCUUAGAAUGUGCCAGACAUCGUAAAACUUCGUUGAUAGCCGUGGCGACACCAAACUCAAUUUAUUUAUUUGAUAUCUUAAGUUUAGGUAAAGUUUUCAAAGAGCUGCGUUCAAUAUUGGAAUCUUCAGAGCGGCCGCGUAAGGCCAUGCAUUAUGGCAAUCGUUUUGUGGAUCAUUUUAAACAUCGCCAUGGCCUAGAGUUGUCGGGAAUAUUCGAUACAUUUGUAGCAUAUUGUUUGGUAACCGAUGAAAAGACAAACAAAUCGCUUGAGCAGACGGUACAGCAAGUUUUUAACAUUUCCAAUGUUUAUUUUAAAUUUGAUAUGGAACAAAAUAUAAACACCAAUCCAUAUGUCCGGCCGCUAUCUGCAGCAUAUCGCUUAAGAAUUGCAAAAUUGGUGGCAUUCCAACUGAAACUCUAUGAUCAUUUAUUGCACGAACAUAUGCUGAGAAAUUUCUACAAACAAUGUCAGAAAUUCUCCCUGACAUUGGUCCACAAUGAAGAUGAUUAUGAUGUGGCUCAACAGCUGCAUUCCAAAAGUACACUCGGUCAUGAUCACAUACAGCCAGAUGGCAAUUGGAAAGAUGUGCUGGCAAGUAAUUUUGAAUUUCAAAGUAAUGAUGAUGACAACAAUAAAAACUAAGGGACACUUUUUAAAAACGAAGUCACUAGUUUUAAAACUACUCUAGCUAAUGCUAUUCGAUGCUUGUCACUCACAUUAUUAAAUAAUGUGAGUUAUUUUAUUUAUUUAUUCAUUCGCUUUUAAUGGGAGCUUUAACUAAUUCCCACUGAGAGAAUAUCUAUUAAUUUAUUUUUCUUGAAUUUAUUUAAAAUGAAAUCUACUCAUUGUCCUUGUACAAAACAAAUCUCCAUAUCUCACCCGACUCUAUAUUUUAAGCUAACUUUAAGUAAGAAACUCUUUUAAAAUGUACAGCAUGAUACAAUUUGCAAGACAGAUAAGUUUUUUUUUUAAUGAAACGGUUUUAAAAUAUUUGAAUUUUUUUUGUUUUCCCACCCCCAGAGAAAUUAUCUAUAAAAGUUUUCUGAUAAAUUUUACUUGCAUUAUUUUAAUGUUUUUUUAUCUCGUAAACGAAAAUAAUGUUGAUCGAUUGCAGAACGGCAAGAAUGUUAAAGUUUUUACUACGAUGACCAAUUUUUCCUUUGUGAUAUCGAAAAAAGUAAAUUCAGGUCCUGGAACAGAGCAUAUACCAGUUGUUGGAUUUUCUAACAUUUUUUGCCAUUGUCGACAAAAAUUGGGACACUUUUCAUAUAAAAGGUAAAUCGAAAGAUAGAACAUUGCUUCUAUCGGUAGGACCAUGACAAAACAAUAAAGGUAAACUCAUUUGCUAAAUUUAAUAUGGCAAUCCUUUUCUGACGAACUCGACCUUGUCAUUUUAUACCCUCAGCCAUAAGAUUAGAGAGGGUAUAUAUCAUGUGAUACGGUCAAAACGUACCUCAUGGAAAUAACUGUUUUAGACCGGUUAGGACAUUUGGAGUCGAUCUAGCGAUAUCCGUCCGUCCGUCUGGAUGGUGAGCACGAAACUCUCGAAGGGAGUAUCCGAUUUGAUCCAAACUUGGUACAUCGUAAUAUUAUUAUUAAAAAUAGAUCAAGUUCGGAGAUGGGCAAUAUCGGACCACUCCAUCAAGUAUCUCCCCCACAAAGGGCGCAAUAUAAAAAAAAAAACAUAUUUUACUGCACAGAAAGAGAAAUGAUGAACCGAUUUUGCUCCAACUUUGCAAAUCCUAAUAUUUGCCUCAGUGCUAGGUCAGGUACGAAAUUGAACAAUAUCGGUCCACUCCAUCAAGUACCUCCCCCACAAAGGGUCAACAUUUUCAAUAAUUGUUAUAAAAUGUGAUGUAAGAGUCUGAUUGUCUUGAAAUUUUACGCAUCUCAAUAUUUUCAUUAACCCAAGGUCUGGUGUUAAGGUGUAAUAUAUCGGUCCUCUCCUUCUGGUACCUCCCCUCCCCCUAAUAUUUACGUCAGUGCGAGGUCGUGUACGCAAAUGGACAAUAUCGGUCCACUCCAUCAAGUAGCCCCCUCACAAAAGGGUCAACAUUUUCAAUGAUUAAAACUCUUAUAUUAUGUGAUAUAAGAGUCCAAUUGUCUUCAAAUUUCACACAUCCCAAUAUUUUUAUCAACCUAAUGUCUGGUGUUAAGAUGGAAUAUAUCGAUAAGCACCUUCUGGUACCUCCCCCACAAAAGGUCGAGAUUUUCAAAAAAAAUAUUUUCUGCACAGAACGAUGAGCAAUAAUCCGAUUUUGUUUCAACUUUGCAAAUCCUAAUAUCUGCAUGAGUUCUAGGUCAGGUUCAAAAAUGGAAAAUAUCGGUCAACUCCAUCAGGUACCUCCCCCACAAAUGGUCAAAAUUUUGAAUAAUUACAACUCUUAUAAAAUGUGAUGUAGGGGUCCGAUUGUCUUCAGAUUUCACACAUCCCAAUAUUUUUAUAAACUCCAGAUAUGGUGUUACAAUGGAAUAUAUCGGUCCACUCCUUCUUCCUUCUUCCACUCCCACAAAAGGUUGAAAUUUUGAAUGUCCAUUAAGCUCAUAAAACGCGAAAUUAAUAUCUGAUUCCACUUAGACUUGGCAUAUCUGAAUAUUUCUAUUAACAAAGGAUCUGUUAUAAAGACGGUAGAGAUCGGACCAUUCCAUCUAAUACCUCCCCCACAAGGGGUCAAAGUUUUGAAUAACCAAAACGUUUAUAAAAACCGAAAUAAGCAUCAGGUUCUCUUUAUAUUUCACACAUCCCAUUAUUUCUACAAACACAAGAUCUGUUGUGAAGAUUUAGUACCUCCAUCUUCGUCAAUUUUUUGACCAAUACGAAUUGAGACGACUACACCAUCCUGAACUUAAUUGCGCCCAAACUAACCUGGUUUGUCUAGGCAGCUGGCGUUCUUCAAUGUAUGGGGGGAGGACUGCGACAGGUUUGGCAGUACAAUUAAAGAGGUGCGACGACUUGUGCCGGUCUGUAUCACACGCUAUAGCUCUCAGAUAAAUGUUUCAUCCGAUUUGGGGUUUUAAGUCCAUCAUAUGCGUAUUAUGCACUCCACAAGAAUGAUAUUUGGUACCGGUCAACAGAUACUACUCGAAAAUACCUCUGGCUAAUUGUAUCGAGAUUGGUUCAGAUUAAGAUAUAGCUCCCAUAUAUAUCUUUAUCUGAUAUCAGGUUUACUGUGCACCAAAUGGCUAAUAUCAGCCCAAAUGGACUGAAUUUUGGCAAAUACGACUGAAUUCAUCCUAGAAACUAGUACUUUAAACUUGGUUUAAAUCGGUUCAGAUAUAGCAACACAACAAUGUUCUUUGGUACCAGAUAUCAGAUACAGCUCUGAAAUAAGUGUAUUAAAUUUUGUCAAGAUCGGUUCAGAUUUGGAUAUGACUCCCAUAUAUAUCCUCAACCGAUUUUGAGUUAAUUGUGCACCAAAUAGCCAAUAUCAGUACAAAUGAUCUGAAUUUUGAUAUAUCUCACCGAAGUCAGCCUCGAAGCAAGUACAUCAAAUAAUAAUAAAAUAUUUAACGCAAAAAAUGAUUGAAAUACCAGUACUUUCAUAUAUAUGAUUCAAAUGGAAAAAAAUGGUUAAUAUCUUUAAAGCGCGCCCCGCAAUGUAAGUUUCUUUCAAUCUUGAUUUCGAAAAUUAUUUUGUUUUUAUACCCUACAACACUAUGUGUUGGAGGUAUUAUAAGUUUGAUUAGGCCAAAAAUUAUAUAACACCUCGAAAUAAUGGUUUCCGACAUAGAAAAGCAUAUAUGGAUCUUCCUAUCUCUCCGAGCAGUCGAUCUAGCUAUAUAUGUCCGCCCGUCCCUCUGUCCAUGUUAAUUUGUAAUCACUCUACAGGUCGCAAUUGUGGCCCGAUCCUUACGAAAUUGAAAAUGGAGGUGGGAUUAGGGUCAGAAUAGAACCCUAUUGUUUUUCUGAUUUUGCACUGCUAUAUAGGCCACAAUUAUGAACCAAUCGACGUGGGAAUUUGCAUGAGUUUAGGGCUGGGCAGAAUCUAACCAAUUUGCAUAAUAUUUAGCGGGUAAAAUGAAUCAUAACUUUUAUGUCAAAAAUACGAAAAUUUCCACUAAACCGCGAAUAUUUUUGAUCGCUGCCAUUACAGUAUGCUAAUAGCCAAGAUAUCAUCGGAUAUGUAUCAAAAUAGGUACAAUAUAAAUGUAUGUAAAAGAAAUUGAUCUUAGUCAUUCAUUAUAAGUCAAGAACCGCUGGACAAUUCUCAUCAAUUCGGUAUCUUGCCCGAAAAGGAUAAUAUCUAAGAAAAUCGCGUAAAAAUAUGACAAUAAAAAAGUGAAUAUAUAUUUCUUUAAUUUUUGUCAUAUUUUUUAUCGCAUGCGAUUUUUUUUUCAAUUUGAUUUACAAUUUUAAAUUGUACUUUUUCAAAAGUUUUUGAUUUCGUGUGAGCA